AUGAUGCAAUUCUGCAACGUCAUCAUUUACUCUUAUCACUACCUUCUGGAUCCCAAAAUUGCCGAACGUGUUUCCAGGGAACUCUCCAAAGAUUGCAUAGUCGUGUUCGAUGAGGCCCACAACAUCGACAAUGUGUGUAUCGAGUCCCUAAGUACUGAUAUUACCGAAGAUUCUUUGCGAAGAGCCACUCGUGGCGCACAAAAUCUCGAGAAGAAGAUCUCCGAGAUGAGGGAGACCGACCAGAAGCAGCUUGAAAACGAAUAUCAAAAGCUUGUUGAAGGCUUAAGAGGUGCCGACGAAGCACGCCAAGAGGAUGCUUUCAUGGCGAAUCCGGCCCUUCCAGAAGACUUGCUGAAGGAAGCUGUUCCCGGAAACAUCAGAAGAGCCGAGCACUUCGUGGCGUUUCUCAAGAGAUUCAUUGAGUAUCUCAAGACGCGUAUGAAGGUGCGGCAAGUAAUCUCAGAAACGCCUCCGUCGUUUCUCGCUCAUCUUCGAGAAUACACCUUCAUAGAGAAGAAACCAUUACGAUUCUGCGCCGAACGGUUGACAUCAUUGGUCAGAACGCUGGAACUUACCAAUAUCGAAGACUAUCAGCCAUUGCAGGAAGUCGCAACAUUCGCAACGCUUGUCUCCACCUAUGAGAAAGGGUUCCUGCUUAUCCUGGAGCCCUUUGAGUCGGACACAGCUGAGGUGCCGAACCCCAUCCUUCAUUUCACCUGCCUCGACGCAGCCAUUGCCAUUAAGCCGGUUUUCGAAAGAUUUAGCUCCGUGAUCAUCACUUCUGGAACCAUAUCGCCGCUAGAGAUGUAUCCAAAGAUGCUUGCCUUUCCCACUGUCGUGCAAGAAUCAUACAGCAUGACACUCGCCAGGAAGUCAUUCUUACCCAUGAUUGUCACGCGAGGGAGUGAUCAGGCCUCCAUCUCAACAAGUUUCCAGGUUCGAAACGAGCCGAGUGUAGUUCGAAAUUAUGGGAAUCUGCUGACCGAGUUUGCCAAAAUCACACCGGAUGGAAUGGUGGUUUUUUUCCCCUCAUACUUGUAUAUGGAGUCGAUCAUCAGUAUGUGGCAGGGUAUGGGCAUUCUGGACGAAGUUUGGAAAUACAAACUCAUCCUUGUCGAAACACCUGAUGCUCAGGAGACGUCACUCGCUCUUGAGACAUACCGUACCGCGUGUUGCAAUGGUCGUGGCGCUGUCCUGCUUUGUGUCGCACGUGGGAAGGUAUCAGAAGGUAUUGAUUUCGAUCACCAGUAUGGCCGAACGGUGUUAUGUAUCGGCGUUCCGUUCCAAUACACGGAAUCACGAAUACUCAAGGCUCGACUGGAAUUCUUGCGAGAGACCUAUCGCAUCCGGGAGAAUGAUUUCUUGUCCUUUGAUGCUAUGCGUCAUGCCGCACAGUGUCUGGGUCGAGUCUUGAGAGGCAAGGAUGACUAUGGUAUCAUGGUUCUUGCAGACCGUAGGUUCCAGAAAAAGCGAACUCAGCUGCCAAAGUGGAUCAACCAAGCCCUAUCGGAUGCCGAGACCAAUCUCAGUACAGAUAUGGCAGUCGGCAGCGCAAGGAAAUUCUUGAGGACUAUGGCCCAGCCUUUCAGGGCUAAAGAUCAAGAGGGCAUUAGCACUUGGAGCUCUGAGGAUUUGCGGAAGCACCAGGAGAAAAUGGACGAGGAGAAGAUUAGGGAGCUGCAAGAUGGCCUGCAAAUGGCCGGCGGCCCUCCGCAAAGCAUGGACGAGGACGAAUAUGGAGACAUUGAGGAACUAGAAGAAGGCAUGAUGGAGCUCGAUGGCAUUUGA